GGAAGAAGAGGUGGUUGGGUCUAUCUCUGCUUCUUUGGUGUGGCUAAUGGGCUAACUGCUAUCUACUCGUUGAAAACACCGGCAAGUUAGCCCGAUUGUGAAUGUCACACUGAACGAAAAUUAACAAGCUGUUUGCGGUUUGUUGCAAGGACAUACCAGAAUACUGACACGGUGGUACCUUCAUGUCCAUGUGAAGGAAAGGUGUUCUAGAGGGCUCCACAUCAACACAUCCAUGUCUACCCUGAUCAUGGAGAGAGGGAGGCAAAAACUGCUGAAUAUCCUCGAGGAUGGCUUAGGCAGAGACCUGAUGAACGCCGGCCGGUUUUGCUUCAGCUGUGAGCAGAUAUUUGCGAAUCGGAAAUGCCUGGAGGAACACACGUGUUCUGCUGCAAGUCACAUCUGCUCCUGUGGAACAGAAUUCACUGAAUACAAAGACAUGCUGGAGCACAGCACUACUCAUGAACCAGGACAUCAAGUGCUUGAUCAUGAAACGAUAAGGAAACGCAGAAUUGAGAAGCGCAUGGAAGAGGAGGAGCAGCUGAAAAGACUACAGACAGGUGAGGUUGUCUGGAAGAUGCCUAAAUUGGACAAUGUGCCAUCAAUUACUUUGCCAGUGAAGCCUAUGGUGCAAGUACCCAUUACAUCAGGUCCUACGCCACCAGUUCCCAUGCAUAUUUCACAAGUGCCUGAGUUGUAUCCAUCUGUGUCACAAGCGUCUUUGCUCCCAAAUCCUAUAACCUCUUCAACAGAUAUGAGUGAUAUUUUUGCCGGUGUAGGUGCACCAACAGUGGAUCUUUGGACAAUUUACCAGCCAGUCGUGUUGUUGCAAACAGUGCGCACAUUUAACAAGAAAAAGCCAUACACUUGCGGUAAAUGUGGGCAGUGUUUCCUGACAAGGACCUCUCUCGUCUCCCACCACAGCUCUCAUGUUACAGAUAAGGUUUCUGGCUGUAUAGGAUGUGGGCUGCUGCUCUCCAGCAAGAAGUUAGUGCCUCGCUUCCAUGUUUGUAACUCCCCCAACACUGCUACAAAAUUCAGACUUGUCACUGCAAGACCACUGGGUAACAAGAGGCUAAAUGAAGCCAGUACAAACAGGAGUCAGAAUCUGAGUGCUCAGGGGUCUCCGGCUACUUCCUCUGUACAGCUGAAAAGCUGGAGUACUACUGCAGCCACUAAAGGCAGUUGGGCGCCUCACGUCACUUCCACCCUCCAGUUGAAAAAUCCGCAUAUGAAACCAUACAAUAAAAGCAAUCAGAGGCUUAACGUCACUCGGUCCCUGCAGUUGAAGAGUCAGAAUCUCAGUGCAUCCAAUCGUUAUGUCACUGUGGCCCAUUCAUCGAAGAACCAGAGUCCAGAUCUCAGUGCAUCCAAUAAACGCAGUCAUGGACUUCCUGUCGCUCCCUCCGGGCAGGUGAAGACGCCUGCAAACUGUGAGUUAGGUGUACCGAGAAAACCAACGCAGAUAUCCUCUUCACCAAAUAUGUUCACUUGUCGCGUCUGUCAUAUUCCUUUUGAAAGCUCUCAGCUGCUUCAGAGGCACAAGUGUGUCAAAGCACAGGAGUUUAUGGCACAGCAUGUGCGAGGUGGCAAACGGCAUUACAAGCUCAAGAGGGUGACGCCAGUGAUGAGCCCAAAUCCUCCUCAGAUGAAUGGUGAGCGAAAACUGGGUAUUCCAGCAUCUGGUAACAUAAAGAAAAACCAAGUCAUGGCUGUGGGUCUGGACAAAGGGCAAGGGGCGGCACCUGUGAAUGGGAAGACAGGAGUGGAUAUGGAUGAAGAUUGUUACAUCAUUGAAAGUGGACCAGACAAACCUGCUGAGAUGAUCUACCAAGUAACCUCAUCUGUCCCUAUUAAGACUUGAUAAAGCUAGAGAGGCAGAUAUAGUUUGCAUGUCACAUUUUAUAUUAAUUAUGGACCAAGCACAUCCAGUCUCAUGGUUGAACACCAUCUACUUGUUUAGGUUCAUCGUGCAGGAACAUACCGCUUCCUUGCUUUCUUUGAACUGCGUUAAAAGAUGAAGUAUGGGUGACAGCAUACAUGUAUCUUAAUUAAGAUGGAUAUUUUUUGUCAACACAGUCCAAAAUUGUCCAAUAUUGACUUCCCAUUAGUCUAACCUCGGUGCCCCUGCAAUUGUUAUAGAAGAUGUAAACCAAUAAUGUCUAUUAUCAAAAUGUAUGUGAAUGGUUUACCCAUGUUUGGUGGGAUACCAGGUACCGUAUUAUAGUUGGGUUUUCUUUUUUUGACUUUUUAAAUAUGCUUUUAGUAUGAUCACAAUGUGUUGUGAGGCUGUGGGACUUGGCCACAAUACCUUGUGUGUUCUUACCAGCUUUGUCACUCUUUAAGGCUACAGUACAAAUAUGUUGUAUUAAACUAUAUUUUCAAACUC